GAUCUUAUCUCUCUACUAGUUCUGUUCAAAAUAGCCUUGAUACGAUGAAGGAUUUAUGUUACCCCCACUUCAAAUAAAAAGUACUGAGGGAUGGAUUUCAUUGCUGCCCUGUGGCACUGUAGAAGCCAGGGCUGCACUUGCAAUAUUCAUCACUGGUUUGUGUCACACAGAGGAUUUAUUGCAGGAAGAAUCCAUCUCCAAGAAAAUGAAUAGUCAAUAUGUGCGCUUUGAAGUGUUUGGAUGUGAAACUGAGGAAUUAACAGAUUUCUGGGAAAAGACAAUUGAAAAACAAACUAAGCAUCUCCAAAUUGAAAAAGAACGUCAACAGAGAAGUGCUCUGCCAAAACUCAGAACUGAAUGGAAGGAGAGGUUGGAAAAAAGGAUACAGAUGAUGAAGACUCAAAAUGAAGAGCCUGCUAGUUGAAGGCUUCUUACACAUUUGAGAAAAGAAGGAAAAAUGUUUUGCAGAAGAAAACCAUAGUGUACCCAAUUUAUUUUUAUUUACAAGCUUACAAGAUUUAUUUUACAGCACCAUUAUCAUGUAGGGAGUUCAUAUGUGAAACCUCAACUACUGCUUAUGAGACCUAUUAUCUAUGUGACCCCCUAAUUCAGUGA